GGGCGGGGUGCUCCCUUCCCCUGUGAGGGGGGGGCUUGCGGCGGCCAAUCGGGGCACGGCAUGUUGGCCCCGCCCCCCGGAGCCGGCAGCGCCUCCACGUAAACAAGGCCGGACGCCGCAAGGCGGGAUGCCGUAGAUGGGGUCGCACAGCAGCAGCAGCGCCGGGGGCAGGGGGGAGGCGGGGGGGGGCCCCCGCAGGCCCCGCCCCCCCCGCCGCCCCCCCCAGCAGGAGGAGGAGGAGGAGGAAGAGGAGGAGGAGCAGGAGGAGGAGGAGGAAGACGUGGGCUUGGCCCAGGUGUUGGCCUACCUCCUGCGCAGGGGCCGGGUGCGGCUGGUGCAGGGCGGGGGCCAGGCCGGGCUGCGGGUGCUGCAGGACCCCUCGGACGAGGAGGAGGAGGAGGACGAGGAGGAGGAAGACGAGGACGCCUGGGAGGGCCGCCUGGGCCGCCGCUACGUGCCCCCAGCGGCCCCCGCCCCGGACACCCGCGUGCUGGACGGCCACGAGCUGAAGGCGCAGCUGCAGCUGGCCGAGGGACGCCUGGGCCCCGGCCCCCCCGAGCGCAGCCUGCCCCGCCUGCUGCGCCAGCGCGAGUGGGGCCGGUGCCACAACGGGAGCUUCUCGCCGGGGGAGAAGGCGCGCGUCAGCUCGCACUUCCUGCCCAACCACCUGGCGCACACCGAGUCGUACGCCCAGAAAGCCUUCUGCGGCAUCUACUCCGACGACGGCAAGCUGUUCAUGUCCGCCUGUCAGGACCAGACGAUCCGGCUGUACGAGUGCGGCGGCGCCGGGCUGCGGCUGCUGCGGGCCGUGCGGGGCCGCGACGUGGGCUGGAGCAUCCUCGACGUGGCCUUCAGCCCCGACGGCUCCCAGCUCCUCUACUCCAGCUGGUCCGACUACAUCCACGUGUACGACAUCUACGGGGACGGGGACAACCACACCGCCCUCGACCUCAGGCCGGAGGAGCGGCGCUUCGCCGUGUUCUCGCUGGCGGUGGCGGCCGACGGGCGGGAGGUGCUGGGCGGCGCCAACGACGGCUGCCUCUACCUCUACGACCGCCAGGCCCAGCGCCGCACCCUCCAGGUGCGGGCGCACGAGGACGACGUGAACGCGGUGGCGCUGGGCGACGGCGGGGGGCAGCUGCUGCUGUCGGGGGGCGACGACGCCGUGUGCCGGGCCUGGGACCGCCGGUGCCUGCACGAGGGGCGGCCCCAGCCCGUGGGGCUGCUGGCGGGGCACCGCGACGGCCUCACCUUCCUGCACCCCCGCGGGGACGGGCGGUACGUGGUGUCCAACUCCAAGGACCAGACGGCCAAGCUGUGGGACCUGCGGCGCCCCGCGGGGCCGGGGGGGCUGGCGGCCGCCCGCCGCGCCGUGGCCCGCCAGAGCUGGGACUACCGCUGGCAGCGCGCCCCCCGCCACGCGUGGGGGGCGGGGCCGCUGCCCGGGGACAGCUCGCUGAUGACGUACCGCGGCCACGGGGUGCUGCACACGCUGAUCCGCUGCCGCCUCUCCCCCCCCCGCGGCGCCGGCGGCCGCUUCCUGGGCACCGGCUGCGCCUCCGGGGCCGUCCUGGUGUACGACGUGCUGACGGGGCGGGUGGUGCGGCGGCUGGCCAAUCACGGCGCCUGCGUGCGGGACGUCUGCUGGCACCCCUACGAGGGCAAGCUCGUCAGCACCUCGUGGGACGGCAGCAUCCGGCUGUGGGACUACCGGGAGCCCCAGGACGAGGACGAGGACAGGGAGGGGGACGAGGACGGGGACGGGGACGGGGACGUCCCCCAGGGCUAGGCCCCGCCGUGGGGCGCCCCACGGCCGCCGCCGCCCCCCAAUAAACCGCUGCCACCGCC